AUGGAUAAAGGCAAGGCACGAGAGAUUCCAGAGGACCGCGCAAAGACCGAUAUGGAGCGCGAGUGGAAAGCUGCCAAUGGACUCAUAGACGAGUUUGAUGAAGAGGCCUGCACGCAGAGAGUAUUGCCCAUGGAAUCAAAAAAUAUCUCAAUAUACAAAGAAGACAUUGAAACUGCUUACUUGGAAAUUGUUAAUUUAUAUAACACAAAUGGUUUGGCAAUAUUUAAAUCAUAUUCCCGACCAAAUGAAAAUAAUAAUGAUCCAUUUCGGCCUGUAGAACUAAAUAAUUAUAAAAAUGUGUAUAAGAGACAGUUCGAAAACAUUAAAGGCAUAGAAAAUCCAUAUGAACCUUUAACUACAUUACCCUUUCAAAAUGCUCAACCAACAAUUAUGCAAUCUUAUUCGCAAAAUAAUUAUAUCCACUCUUUAUUACCCAUUUCACAAUCAAUACAAACUCCUAUAGAUUCUUCUUAUGUAUAUCCUACAAAUUUACCAAUUUCGUUUCCUAGCACUACACCAUACUAUUCAAAUUCUUCAGUGCAAUUAAAUAAUUGCCCACCAACCCAAAAUUCAUAUUCUUUUACGCCAUACCUUGCAAAUGUUAACUCCUAUUCUGAAUCUACACAUAAUAAUAUGACGUCCAGUACACCUAUGCCAAAUUUUUCAAGUUCUGAUAGUAGACAACAAGAAAAUAGACUAUAUUAUUAUGUUUAA